AUGGCAGGUAUUGCUACCUCUCUAAUGAAAAACUUUCCUUGUACAAAAUGGAUAAUUGACUCUGGAGCUACACAUCAUAUUGCUAGUGAUUUAGAGGCAUUAGAAGUCAAAGAUGAAGUAAAUGCACAUAGCAAUGGACAGUUUCACUUACCCACUGGGAAAACGGCUAAUGUUUCACAUAUUGGAAAAACAGGCAUUCUUGAUAAAGUGGAAUUGGAUGAUGUGCUGUCUGUACCUGAGUUCAUAUUUAAUCUUUUCUCAGUUUCUAAGCUAACUAGACAAUUGUCAUGCUCAGUGAAUUUCUUUCCGGACUUCUGCUUGUUCCAAGACCUUUACAAUGGCAAGGUGAGGGAGAUUGUUAGAGAGAAAGGUGGUCUGUACAUAUUGAAGAAAGGAUUGAAGGGAGAUUUGGACAAGUUCAUCAAAGGAAUAAAACAGUUUGCAUCCACAACCACAAAGAAUAAUGAGGAAGAUGGAGCACUUUGGCACAAAAGAUUAGGACAUGCUUCUCAAAAUGGAGUAGUGGAGAGGAAACAUAGACAUAUGCUAGGCACAGCAAGAGCAAUGAAAUUUCAAGCUAGUGUCCCUACAAGAUUCUGGGGUGAAUGUGUUAAAGCAACAAUCUAUGUGAUAAAUAGAUUGCCUACUAUUCUGGUAAAUGGCAGAGAUGUAGUAUUCAAGGAGCAUAUAUUUCCAUUUGCCAAACCUGCUUCCCAAAAUCACAUUGUAGAAAAACACACAUCAGUUGAUGUGUUUGUAACACAACCUCCCAAUAAUGCGGACUUGCAACUUGAGAGGAUUGAAAAUGAUAGCCUAGAGGAGUCUACUGACCAAGAUGCCAUGAUGCACAUACAACAGUUGAUACUGGAGAAAAUGAAGCAACUUUCAGAUGUUGUACAACUGGUAACACCUAUACGACAGCAAUCUACACUGCCAAAUGAUGUCAUUCUCCCAACAAUUGUAGAGCUGGAAAAUAAUGAAGUAAUGAAGUCCAAAAGAACCUCAAAGGAGCCCUUAUGGUUACAAGAUUAUGUGACCACCAAGAAGAGACAGGGAUCCUCAUAUCCAUUGUCCAACUACUUGUAUUAUGCAAAGUUGACAGAUAAAUGCAGGAGAUUCCUAGCUAACAUUUCCACAUUGACUGGGCCUAAAAACUUCACUAAGGCUUCAAAGGAUAAAAGAUGGACUGAAGCAAUGGAAAUGAAGAUCAAGGCACUAGAAGAUAACAAAACCCGGAGUAUGUUGAUCUACCAAGAGGAAAAAAUGCCAUUGGGUCGAAAUGGGUAUACAAGAUUAAGUACAAAGCCAGUGGAGAAGUAG